CCUGGAGGCAGGAUCACCGGUUCAGACUGAGGAAGAGCUGAAGGAUGAUGGCCAGACCUUGGAAGGCACCACAGCUCCUGUUAGCCAUUCUGGUGGCGUUGGUGGCCUUCAGCUACCAACUAAAGAGGAAGACAUAUAUAAGCGUCCUCAAAAUGAGUACGCUGGAUUCUUCUGCGCAGAGCACACUGAAGUAUGUCACAGAGGAAUAUAACAAGAAAAGUGAUGACUUGUACAACUUCAGGAUCAUCCGCAUCCUGGAUAUUGAGUCUCAGGUAACAGACCACAUGGAGUUACACAUCACAGUGGAAAUGCGAAGGACCACCUGCUUCAAGACAGAGACGAGUACCUGUGAUGUCCAGGAAGGGGAACUUUACAAGCAAAUCCGGUGCUACUUCUCAGUGUAUACCAUGCCCUGGCUUGAAAGAUACAAAAUUCUCAGAAAAAACUGCACCAGUGCCUGA